AUGGAUAUAAGUGUCAAGAAAGGCCUAGGUUACGGUAGGGAUUCUCUUUUGAGUUGCAACACAAAUGACAAUAGUGCACGCCUAUGGAGUCUUGAAGCUACGAUUUCCAAUGAAGCUGGAACGAUGACCACCCUUCCUCCAGUAUAUGCAUCGACUGCCACCCACCCUCAAAUAUAUGCAUCAACUGCCACCCACCCUCAAAUGUAUCCAUCAACUGCCGCCCUUCCUCAAAUGUAUCCGUCAACUGCCACGCUUCCUCAAAUAUAUGCAUCGACCGCCACAAAUCAAGCUCCGACUUAUUUUGGCCAGUCUUUUCAUGCUCCACCAUUAUAGGUAUGAAGACGUACAUUGCUCAUAUGCAGGUUCUGAUUUUCAGAGCAUUAUUGUACAAAUUGCGGAUUAUCGACGUCCAAGAAUUUACUAUGAUUACCUUGUAUUCUAACGGUUGGGUUGAAGACAUAGUUUGACUGUAUUUAGUUUUUCUUAUUCGUAGGACGUGUUCUUUUGAUAAUUUCGUAGGGGUGUGCUUCGAUGGGAGAUUGAGUUGGUUUAAGUUUUUGGACACAAUUCCAUGGACUUCAAAAAUUUAUGUUUUUUUU